AUGAUUUGCUUGGAAAUUAUUCCACCUAUGCUGACGGCAUCACUAACAACUCUCCUGAUCACAGCCGGGGCCAUCCAACGUGCCCUGGCCGGCACGGAACAACUUGUAAAACGAAUGAGUCUUCCAGUCGAAAAACACCGAACAGUAACGUCCGAUGGUUACGUCCUGACCAUGUUUCGCAUUCCUGCGAACACUACCAACUCUCCGGUAGCGUUCCUGCAGCAUGGCCUCAUAGCCUCCUCAGCUGAUUGGGUCAUCCUGGGUCCCGGUAAAUCGCUAGCACACUCGCUGGUCACAGCAGGCUACGACGUGUGGAUGGGAAACUUCCGAGGCAACACCAACUCCCGGAAGCACGUCUCGUUGGACCCGGCCCAACCGCAGUUCUGGGACUUCAGCUGGCACGAAAUCGCCCUGUACGACCUUCCGGCAAUGAUCGAUUACGUUCUGAAGAAGACCGGCCAAAAGACGCUGCACUACGUGGGACAUUCGCAGGGGACUACGGCGUUUUUUGUAAUGGCCUCACUGAAGCCGGAAUAUAACUCUAAAAUUCUGUCGAUGCAAGCGUUGGCCCCGGUCGCGUUCAUGGGUCAAAUGAAGUCUCCUUUCAUACGGGCGAUAGCACCAUUCUCCACCCAGAUCGAGUUCCCAUCAAUUUACGCGAAAGCAAGUAAACAUUUCCGAAAUACCGUGAAAAAGGACACGGCAUGGCGCUAUGUUGCACAUGAAAUGCAAAUAUCAGAGGAAGACGCAAAAAAAAAGUGGAAGAAUGUGAGGGAUCGUUUCGUGAAGGAGCACCGAGAAGUCACAUCAACUUCCACAUCAGGUGCUGGAAGGGACGACGUUCAUGAGUCUACAUGGCCAUUUUACAAUGAGCUGAUGUUCCUGGCUGCUCAUUGUCAGAACCGUCCGUAA